AUGUCAGCUUUAACUAUACAAAUCAAAAUAUUACAAUAUACAAUAGCCUUAUUACUAUGUCUUUCACAUUUAAUUGGCUCAGUCUUUCUAACGCUAAUGUUUAUUCCACCUUUCGCAUUAUUUGGUUGGAUGUUCUUGCCAAUAGUAGUGGCUAGCAUUGUUGUGAGUGCAUACAGCACAGCAUGGUUAUUAUAUUUAUAUUUUGCACAAACAGAUCGACAAUUCAAUCUACCAUAUAAUCCAAAACGUAUUAUUAAAAUCAACUAUGCAUUAUUACAAUUUUUAUGGGGUUUUGUGAAAUACAUACCAUUAUUUGCAGAAUAUGCUUACUUGAAAUUUUUUGUUUUGGAUAUAUUUUAUGGAAGUCGUUCAAAUUCCAAUCGUCUUGAUGUUUAUAUUCCAGAUACUGCCAAAUUUCCUCAUGUAAUUGAGGCAGCUUAUCAUCCUGUCAUAGUAUUUAUUCAUGGAAGUGCUUGGUCAUCUGGAUCAAGCAAAUCCUUGUAUAUUCUAUUAGCUCUUCGAUUAAGACAAAUGGGUUAUAUUGUUGUCGUACCAGAUUAUUCUGCAUAUCCUGAAGGCAAUGGUGUGGACAAAAAGAUACAUAAAGGCCAUUCUUCAGGUGCGCAUUUAGGAGCUUUGGUUACAGUACGAGAUGCUAUAAUUAAAUCACGAACAUCAUCCACAUAUUUUGAAGACAUUGAUCCUGAAUUGGAAUUACCAAAAAUUGCUGGAGUGUAUGAUAUUGCAAGACAUUUUCAUUGUGAGGCUAAACGUGGUGUUGAAGAAAUAUCAGCGAUGACACGUGUAAUGGGAGAUACAUUAGAAAAUCUUGCAUUGAACUCUCCCACACUCUUACUAGAUAAUGCUAUCAGAGAUGCUCAAAUUAAUCCAGAGACUUUGAAUAAUUUAUUACCGCCUAAAAUAUUAUUAAUUCAUGGUGACAAGGAUAAUUGUGUACCAACGGAAUCAUCAAUAAGAUUUAAUCAUGUACUAAAUGAAUUAUAUAUCAAAGAGUUAAAAUUGAGAAUAUUUCCAGGAAUGGGUCACGAUGAACCUAUUACAAGUUUAAUGUUUAGUCCUUUUACUAGUAAAUACACUUUACAAUUAUUAAGUGAAAUGGCUGAUUUCAUGUUAUAUUAA